AGAACACUGCGAGUACAUAAAACAAACAAACAAUGAAAUUUCGAGCCGUAAUACACGAUCAACACGUCAUGAGAGAGUUACUUAAUGUCAUCUUAACACUUUCAAAACUAACAAAGAAAUGCAUUAUGAAAAUAAGUUCACAAAAAAUCUACUUCAUUGUCAACGAAGACACAGGAAAUACAUCGCCUCUAGUUUGGGCAGAGAUUUGUACAGAACAAAAUUUCACUGAAUAUCUAAUGGAAGGGGUGAAUGAUCAACAUCAAGACAUAAUGCUAUCUUUUAAUCCCACUAAUCUUGCCCGAGCUAUAAUGGCGUUACGAACAGGGGCAAAAUACUGCAAAAUAAAACUAACAAAUGUUCAAUAUCCAUGUCUCACAAUCGACAUGGAAGUGCAAUCGAGUAUUUCAGAUCGAUAUCGUCAAAUUGUUCAUGAUGUGCCAGUUGAUGUGAUACCCAGAGUCGAUUGGGUUGCUUUUCCAUUGCCGGAAAUUCCAAACUCGGAUAUUUUCCUUACACUUGCAUCAAAUCGAACAAUUCGAAGUCAUAUUGAUAAAUUGAAAAAUCAUUCGCCAUCAAUUACAUUUUAUGCCAAAAGUAAUGGUGAAAUGAGUGUUGCAGCUGAAACUGAACUUAUGACCAUCACCACACGAUAUAAAAAUUUAGAUGUGAAUAAAAUAAAAGCAAAUGCAAAAAGACGUGAAUCUGGAACUUUGGAGGCUUCUUGUACUGUUAGUUCUAAGAAGAUGGCCAUUUUUUUCUCAUCAUUGCAGUUCCAAACUCCCGAAUGGUCAUGUGGCAUAUCACCAGAUAACGUAGUUCACUUGCAAAUUGAUGUGAGCCAUGGAUUAACAUUUCAUUCAGUUAUUCCUGCUGUAUACUUUUAAGGAAAAAUAACUUUGAAUUUAAAUAUUUAAAAAUCUGGAUCGUUUUAAAGAAAUAAACUUAUUU